CACACCUCUUCGCCGUUGAAGAACAAGACAGGAUAGAGUUCGCCGAGGCUGCUGUAGCGGGCUGGCGCGGCCCGCGCCGUCAACGGUGCUUGACCGUCGCAUUGGAUGCGGGAGGAGAGCGAGGGAAUGGAAUUCCUACUUGAUGCGGUCGACAGGUUCCCGGUGCGGGAGGAGUAUGCCGACAAUCUUGAACACCCAGAUCCAGUCCCGCUGAUGUACCUACUGGAUAAGGUUACUGCUAACACGGCUGUUCACCAAGCGGAUGAUGAUUCUGCGGCAGCUGAGAUGUUGGGGGAUGGUUUGCUCACCGAGGGGCAGGUGGGCGGCCAACAUAGACGUGAGGAAUCUCCGACGAGGUCUGCCCAAUCGACUGGCAAGGUAAAUCCACAGGCCCCCGGCUGGACUAAAAGGCUCCGUCUCGGGAGUGCGCCACCCGACCGUGUGCCUUGUCCAUCUAGGAUGAGCGCCCUGGAGCUAUCAAUGCGCAAAUAUGCCGAGCAACCAGACAAGAGUGUGGUGCAUCCUGAGCUAGGUCUCACUUUUGAUUCACUUGGUUAGGCAUAUGAUUUCUACAACUUGUAUUCCUGGGAAAUUGGAUUCGGAAUAAGAUAUGGAAAAGGCAGGCUAAAUGCUGAGAGGAGGAAAACCAUGCAGGAAAUAGUAUGUGGUUGUUCGGGUAAACCAGAUGCCGAGAAUAGCAGGCCAUGCAGGUGCGAGUGCCCGGCUCUAAUCAGACUGCUUCGUUCGUCAGACAACAGUUGGUACAUAACGGAGCACCGGGCGAGCCACAAUCAUUCUAUGUCGCUUACAAUGGGA